AUGACCAUUUGGCGCUCCACAUCACCACCGUUCUUCGAGCGCAUGUUGAGCGCGGAGUGGAGCCGUGGAGCCCAUGUCCUCCUUUGCGAAGGAAGACCCCGACGAGGCGGAAGAGAAGUUCGAAGAGAAGGAUGAUCAGUCGCCCUGGGCCGACUCGGACGAUGAGGACAACAACGAUCGGGUACUGGGCUGGCGUGACGGAGAGAGCUUGACGAGGCGAGAUCUCCGUCAGAUUCUUCAACGGGAGCCACAAGCUCGCGAGAGGUACGAAAGCCUGCGGAGAGACUCGGCCUCCAAGAAGCGGCCGGUGCAGGUCGAGGCCUUGAGUGGCUUGCCUCCCGAGUGGCAGGCUGUCUACGCUUUGGCUCCGGAUGCAGAUCCUCAGGUCGCCUGGAGCCGCGCGAAGUUGGAGGAAAGCCGCAGCAAGCGCCAAAAGAAGGAGACCCUAGACGACCGGCUGCAAUGGGAAAGUCGUCCGGGCGAGAGUAUUGAGCAAGAAAUUACCAGGCUCAAGUCCGAAGCAGCCGAAGUCAAGAAGGAUGUUUCCGCCAACAAGAAGGUCCAAGAGGACUGGGCCAAGAAGGUGGAAGACAGUCAGGCCGUGCUGAAGGAAGGAAAGGCCGUCUCCAGGACCGUCCUCCGCGCCUUUGAAACGGCCAGCUACGAUCAUUCCGUCGCCAAGGGACAGCUCAGGUCUUCUGAGAUGUAUUUCCAGUUCCUGACGCAGGAUACCAAGCAGAACACCCAGUUGCAGGUGUCUACCCUGGAACGAUCGUGUGCAUUGAUGGACAAGACCAUGGAUUUGUUGAAGGGUCAUAUCAGAACCCUGAACGAGGUGGCCAACAUGUCGUCAGCCUCCGAGCUGGAGCCCUUCUUCUCGCCUUCGCCGCAGCUGGGCGCCGUCCCCGCGACGAAGACGCAGAAAUCGCCGGCGCCCGGCAACAUGACGCCGCGCACGGGCGCGGCAACGCCGCACCCGGGAGUGGCGACGUCGCAGGUAGGGGUGGCGGGGCCCAGCCCACUGCAGAGGGCCAGCAAGUUGAAGGCGCUGAAGGUGCCUCCAGUAUCUCCAUCCUUACGCGACUGAGAGGCGCGUGCGUGGUCGCUUCACGCCGGCGCUGGAUGGUGAAAAACCAGUGCAAAAUCAGGAGAUUAG